AUGUCAUAUUAUGAAAAAGAGUUUGUAGUACGUGCAUCAAAAGCUAAAAAUGGUCCCACAAUGGCUCACAAAAUACGAGCAGUUUUGAAAGGAGGAUAUGAAUAUGUAGGGGCGAAGGUAACAGACUACAAAAACUUGAGGAAAGGAGUAAAUAGAAUAUUAUGUUACAAGGAUGCUCAAAUAAUGAUAAACAAAAUGAAUGAUCGUAGAGAUCAUUACCCAAAUUAUUCAUUUGAGUUCCUAUGUGAUGGAGAUCUGUUGCCUGCUAUGUUUUGGACAGAUGAAAGAGAAAAGUGUUUUUAUGCAGAGGUUGGAGAAGUUAUAUCUUUUGAUGAAACUUUUAGAACAAACAAGUAUAAAAUGGUAUUUGUUCCAUUCACAGUAGUUGACCACUACAAGAAAUCAGUUACUGUUGGUGUUGGGUUGCUGAGUAGAGAGACAAUUGAGUCGUAUGAAUAG